UCAACCGGAAGGCUCAGUUCACUCGCUUCACAGUGAAUACAUCAUAUAGGCAGGCAGGCAGGCGUCAAAAAGAUUGUUUGCCUACAGUAGGUCUACGUGAUUCAGAAAUGUUUUCCUAUAGUAUUCCUCUCCUGGUGUCAUUGCUGUUUCUUAUCCGCUGGUUCAGGGAAAGGAAAAGAGUGCCUGAUCCAUCAAUGAAGUAUAUCUACAUUACUGGCUGUGACACAGGCUUUGGGAACCUCCUAGCAAAGCAUCUAGACCAACUGGGCUUCAGAGUUAUUGCAGGCUGCUACACAGAGAAAGGAGAGGAUGAACUGAAGAAAGCAACCUCGGAUAGACUGACAACCUUGGCCCUGGAUGUUAGAAAUGCCGACAGCAUCAGCAAAGUAGCAGCCAGCAUAAAAGCCCAGGUUGGAGAGAGAGGUCUGUGGGCUGUGGUGAACAAUGCGGGAAUAUCUCUUCCCUCUGCCCCCUGUGACUGGCUCACUGUCGAGGACUUCCGACCCAUGCUAGAGGUCAACCUGUAUGGUGUCAUCUCUGUGACCCUUAGCGUUCUACCUCUCAUCAAGAAGGCCAAAGGCCGCGUGGUCAACGUGGCCAGUGUUUUUGGCAGGAUCAGUCCAUUCGGUGGUCCAUACUGUUUGUCAAAGUAUGGAGUGGAGGCCUUCAAUGACAGCCUAAGGAGAAAUAUGGCCCCUUUUGGAGUGAAAGUGUUGUGUAUUGAACCUGGGUUUUUCAAAACAAAUGUGACUGACUCAAGUAUGAUAAAACAGAACCUGCACAUGUUAUGGGGCCGAUUACCCCAAGAUGUUAAGGAUGACUAUGGAAGUGAUUACAUGGAUAGAGUGGGUGUAGCGUUGGAGUCCAGGUUUAUGAAGAUGCUGGACAGUGACCUGAUGAAAGUGGUGAGCAGUAUGGAGCACGCUGUGACAGCCGUGCAUCCACGAACCCGCUACUCGCCUGGCUGGGAUGCCAAGUUAUUCUGGCUACCACUCUCCUAUAUGCCAACCUGCUUCGCAGACCUCCUACUGGCUAAGGAUGCGGUGAAGCCUAAAGCUGCCUAUGCCACACAACACAACCAUGCUUAGACCAGAAAACAAGUUAUACAACUGUGUUUUCUGGUAAACUAACAAUGCACUUUGAAUGUUUUAGUUGCUUAUUGUGUCUUGUAAAGCUGCCAUUUUAUCUGUAAGUUCCAGUUAAGAAUGACAGGCUGUACUGUAACAAAUACCAUGCCAUGCCUAAUGAAUAACUGAGACCAGAAAAGACUGAAGUACUAAUGUACUAUUUCUAAGGUUACUAGUGUUGUGAAUAUUAAUAUUAAUUAGGCAUGGAGGCAAAUCUAUUGCACUCUAAAACUAUGUACAUGUUACCUUGAAAGUGAGGGAGUUGUAAGAGUUGUAUUUCACAGUAAAUGGCUACACACUGUGACUUACAUUUGUAUGUGCAGAAAGCAAUGAGCAGUUGUUAUGUUGUGAUCCUUUUGUGAUUGUCACAUGUCACAUGGUCACAUGUAAAAUACCACUCUGAUGAGUCUAUCGGGUCUAUAUUUCGUUUUACUUUGUUACCACCUGCAUAGUACAAAAAUAUUAUUGAUAUUUCACAAAUUGAUAUUAUUGAUAUUUCACAAAUAUUGAUAUUUCACUUGUCUUUUUUUUCAAAAAAGAAUAAAACAUUCUUGAAUCA